GUAGAGCAAGUGUUGAAUGUACGUGUAAAAGAGCGAGAUGCAGAGGCAGGAAGGAAGGGUCGACUGGGCAGUAUCUUUAAGGAUACACCUUCGACUGCCAUCAAGGUGUUAUUCAAUAAGGAACAAACGGCACACGAGGUCAAGGAUACUAUCAGAAGGCCGUUAUCAGGAUUAUUUCGACGUCCGGGAUCUCGGGGUGCUUUUGCAAAUGCUCCUGAAAAGGAGACGAAACCUGAAAUGAGCACAGGCAAUGUGGAAACGAUUCCUACAAAUCAUCAAAAAGGUAAUCCAGGUAAAAUUGAUAAAACCGCAAUAUUCUUUAAGAGAUUAAUGAAUAAGAACGUUGCGAACUCUCCGGGAAUGGGUGUGAAUCGUGCUGCAGCCAUAUAUCAGUUGGAUGCGUUGAACGCGAAGAACGCCUUCUUAUCGAAAUUAGAUGAUAUCGGUCGGUUACGUUCGCAGAUUCAAUAUUAUUGCUGA